ACCCACAGUGGAGUCUAUAAAACAGAAAGUAUAAAGUAAAGCAGCCAUUACACACCACGGCUCUGAGAAGACCUUAUUCUAAGGAAAUGAAUUUGAAUGCUCACCAGAAACAAAGCACCCAGCCCAGAAGAUCUGUUGUUGCACAACCAGCUACUCGGGCUUGGGCAGAUGAGCAGGCAGCACUGCAGCAGGACCAGGUUCAACAGGAUAAGAUCUGGAGAGAGUCUGUGGAAGCUGAACAGAGAGGAAGAAAGACUUGGUACCAGAACUGGAGUUUCCUAAAGGACUACGACCAAAUGGGUAAGAAAAAGGAGCAGAAGCCACUGCCAAACUAUAUGUCUGUGUUUUCAAGCAAAGUUCCCAACUCGACCAACCAGACAAUUGGCAGUCAAAUGAAUACUGAACUUGGCAGGGAUCUGGUAAACAUGGAUUACUUCUUCAGCACUGGAGCACGAAAGAGGAAACUUGAUGGUGAGCUCCAGCCUUCCUAGCGCUUUGGUAAAAAUAUAACAGUAACAAAGCAAGUUGAAUGGUUCUUGCCAACAGACUCCACAGCAGGUAAAAAAUUCCUCAAUCUUUUUCUCAGAGAGGCCAAUGCUACUCUUUAGCAUGGAUUUUCUUUCAAGAGCAAAGAUGCAUGUUGUCCAACAAUGCCACAGGAGACAUUCCUCAUUGUAUUUCGGGUGGCUGGGCCAUAUAAAGAGGGUUAGAACUACAGACCUCAUCCAUCUUCCCAUGCAGUCUACAGUAAGGCUGCCUCUAACAUCAGAAAGAUUAAGAUUACAGCCAAAAGGCAAUUACUCCCUAAAUUUUUAUCUGAAAAUAAACAAUUAAUGAAGAUCUGCUGAGUCCCAACAUAAGCAACAUAUUUCAGUUCUGAAAGUCAGUGCAAUAAAAUCAGCAGCUUGUUGCAUUUAAUGUAAUUGGCCAAGGAUUCAUCAGCUCUGCCAUCUGCAUGUUUAAG